GUUACAGUGGCCACUGGCAGCGCGUGCGUAAGGGACGUGGUUGUUGUGCCAGAGACUGGUUUAAUGGAGGCGGAAUGCCGUCGUGGUUCGUGCUCUCCCAGCCGUCUGCCUCUUAUACCGUGUGUGUAUCUGGUCGGCUUUCUGGACUUAUUUGGUGUGAGUUUGGUAGUUCCUUUAUUAAGUCGACACAUCAAGCUUCUUGGAGGAAGCUCAACAGUAGCAGGACUAAUAGGUUCCCUGUAUGGACUACUCCAACUGUUUUCCAGUAUACUAAUUGGUUCCUGGAGCGAUGUUGUCGGAAGACAGAGCAUAUUAUUGGUCACCUUGAUACUUUGUGGAUUUAGCUAUGGUCUGCUGGGUUUCUCCAGUAACAUCUGUUUGGUUACACUGGCCAGGAUUCCCACAGGUGUCUUCAAACAUACACAGACUAUUUUAAAAGCUCUUCUCUCAGACCUGGUUCCUGGAUAUAAACGCCCACAUGUAAUUGGAAGGUUCUGUGCAGCUUCCAGUGUUGGAUUCAUCCUGGGCCCAGUACUAAGUGGAUAUCUUGUUGAGCUGGAUGGAGGUUUCUACAUAACAUGCUUCAUUUGCUGUUUCAUUUUCUUGGUUAAUGCAGGUGUAGUCUGGUGGUUGCCUUACAAAGAACAGUUAUACAUUCCAACAAAAGAAUUGCACUUAAGGACAGAAACCAGUUAUGAAAGCACAUGGACUAGUCUUGGUAAAGAAGACAACAGGAAAUUGUUGGACACAGCAAGCAACGGAAUAGCGAGACACAAAGCAUCGGAUCCUUUCUGGAGUCAGUGUAUAUCUGUGGGACUAAAGAUAAAAGGACUAGUGUGUUCUAAUUUAUGGGACGUCUUUCUGGUAAGAUUUCUGAUGGCUCUAGCUAACCUCCUGUAUUUCAGCAAUUUUGUUCUGGCCAUUGAAGAAAGAUUUAGUGUGCCACCAAGCCUAAUAGGAUAUCUCAUCAGUUAUGGUGGAAUAAUGGGAGCCCUGUCGGGUUUUAUAGCAGGCUCUGUUGCUCGACUGUACAACAAUAACACUUCCUUACUGCUCUUGCAUUCCAGCGUCCUCACCUGCUGCACUAUGGCAGUUUACUCUUUUGCUACAUCCAUUCAGGUCGUUGUACUGUGCACUACUCUACUAGGGUUUUCAACCGCUACUGGCCGUAUGUGCGUCACUGAUGUAGAGCUGAGCAGGACUGAGAGGCAGGCCAGAGGCACGCUCAUGGGAGCAGGACAGUCAGUGACUGCGGUUGCUCGGAUACUUGCCCCGUUGCUUUCUGGACUUGUUCAGGAGGUGAACGUAUGUGGUCCACCAAGGCUUGGGGCAGUCUUGGCUUUGCUGGCUAUUUUACAUAUGAUUUCUAUUCGCUCAAAGUUCUGCAAAACCACAGAGGCUAAAACCAAGUUGGAGUAAGGGAUUACUGCAAGUGAUGUCAGAUAAACUGACUUUUUCCUGAAAGAAUACGUGGACCAAAUUAUUGUACUCAUGUGUAACCAAUCUUCUGUACUGGUUCAUUACUGAUUUUUCCCUUCCUCGUGAAUGAAUGCACAGAGUAACUAUAUGGAAGGGGUCAAGGCACCAUUGUUUGCUUUUGUUGUUCCUUGUUGUGCCUUGUGGCUGUUUUAUAUAAGGCCAAGUUGCUAGCUUGAUGCUCAGCCCAGAACGGAUGGAAAGAGUGCAAGGAGCUGGCUGUAUUAGAACCUAGGACCACUCACUUCAAAGUCCGGUGCAGAUACCACUACACUGCUGGCCAGCCAUUACUGUUUUUACUACAACAAACUUGCAUGAUGAAUUUUAUUUAUGACCAUCAUGGAUUUAAAUUUUGCAAAGAUGUACUCUGCCUGUGUAUAGAAACUUUAAAUCAUACCAUUUUCAUCAUAUCCGAGUUAAUUUUAAUCAUAUUUAAUGUACUUGCCUCCCUAAUCCAAACAAUCUUGUGUUUUGUAGCAUCUUCUCAUAUCUUUUUUGACAACUAGACUGUAUUUGUGAAGCGUAUUUACUGUUACGUUGAUAAACAACCUGCUUCCUUGGCACUGUUCUCUGCAGCGUCAUUUACUUUAGUCUGUACCAUCCUGCUUUCAAUAUAGAUAUCUGCUGUUACUGGCACACCUAAUCUUCGCACCCUUUCUAAACCAUUGACUAAACAUUGAACCAUCUGGUGUAAAAGUCCCCAUUCUGGCCCUAAUACUGCACUCACCCUAGCACAAAUACUUUCUUUGGACUGAUACCACUGUUCCUUGGUCAUUUGCUCCCACCUCCUACCCCUCACCUUUUUAUUCAGCAUGCCCUGUAACCUUCUUCCCAAUACUCCUAUGCCUUACAACCUAUUACCUAUUAUGGAUAUAUUUGUAAAGGUGCCAACCUCUUCCACGUUCUCCGACUGUCUCUUUCAACCCGAUUAUUCUCCCAGAUAACCAAUAGCUAGCUAUUCAAGGUCUCCAAGCUAUCAACAUUCCACGCUCUUGUUCCUAUUUCACCUAUUUGUAUCAUAAAUCCCAAGGACUUAAUUACUGAUUGACUAACAUUACUAUAAUUAACCCUUGGCUACCUAACUUUCAUUUUCAGGAAUUUCUUCCCCUUCUUCAAAACUUUCCUUAAAACAUGCAUAUUUAUUUAAAGUUUGCCAUCCCCAUUCUUUGCUUUAUCUUCUGAUGGCUUUGGAGCAGUGAAGGACAACUUCUGCAUUGUGUUGGGCAUGUGGCCAAGAGGUUAAGGCAUUCGCCUAGUGAUCUCAAGGUUGCUAGUUCGAGCCUCAGCUGUGGCAACAUGUUUGUGUCCUUGAGCAAGGCACUUAAUCACACAUUGCUCUAGUGUCUGUGUGAGGAGUGGCGCCCCACACAGACAUCCAAUCUGCACCUUGUAAGGCAUGAAAAUGCCCGAUACAGGCCGCUCAUGGUCUGAGUCGAUGUUCCCUCCCCCUCCCCUCUGCAUUGUCUUGUGGGAUGUUUCAUUCCAUUAGAGCUGCUAUAUAAACAUGACUUAUUUAAGUGCAAUUUUUGUUAUACUGAAUGAGUAGAGAGCAGACCGUUUGUGUACAAGUAAAAUUGAUCAUAAUGUAAGCCUUCCCCUCCCCUAAGCCUUAAACUUGUUAUUUUAUUUUGUUAUUUCAUAAAUCUGAAUACAAAUUUUAAUUUGCACUAAUGUGAAUGUGAUCACACUGAUGUGUAUAGUUAACAUUAUCCUUGUGUUAAAUAGUUGCAAGUGGGUUCGUUUUUAAACUUUUCAAGGAACAAUUUAAAGUUAAUGAAUACAAAGGUUGAAGUAUAUAUAUUUGAAUCAAACAACAGGAAUUCUGCAGAUGCUGGAAAUUCAAGCAAAACACAUAAAAGUUGCUGGUGAACGCAGCAGGCCAGGCAGCAUCUCUAGGAAGAGAGUUAGUCCUGACGAAGGGUCUCGGCCUGAAACGUCGACUGCACCUCUUCCUAGAGAUGCUGCCUGGCCUGCUGCGUUCACCAACUUUUAUAUAUUUGAAUCAAUUUGUGUUUAAGCAAAAGUCACUUUAAAAUUUUGCAUGUUGAACCAGAUGACAGAAAAACAACCUGCAAAGUUCAUGCCUUUGCCAGAAAGUAAACCUCAGUAUAAAAACACAUCUAAAUCUGUUCAGAAGCAACAGCAGUCAGAAAGCAAGUUUAUAUUUACUGAGAGAAUCUUGCCUGUUGUGGAACAUGCAAUGGUGAAAUGUCAUUCAAACAAUUUGAUGAACUGGUAAAAUUUUAGGCUGCUGAGUAUAGCAAUCCUUUAGUCUUGCAAUUUGUUCACUAAACCCUUGUUGGGACGUCUUCUUACAGAUGUUAUUAUAGCCUUGGACCAUAUAUGGACAAAAGAAUUGAAUGUCAGGGGUGAUAGGUAACAGUCUAGAAAUCAAAAUAACAAUCAAAUGCUAUAUCAUAAAUGGAACUUGAGUGUAAAGUCUGUAAGAGUUAUUGGGAUGAAGAGCUGACAAGCUAUUCUUCAAGGUUUACUUGAAUUAAAAAUGGUUACUUUUGUUGGAAGUCAAUCAGGAUGCAUUUGGAAGCCUUGGUAUAUCACAGCAAAUAACUGAGGCUAUGUUUUAGGCCUCAACCCUUCAGCUCAUUUGACCAUGUUCUUUCUUUCUGGUUGUUAAUUGUAUGAAAUUCAAUUAAAUUUAUAAUUUUUGACACGUAAACCGUAUUUGGAUGAAAAUGUACUUGUUCUGUGGAGCAUCCAUCUGUAUUAUCCACACCAUCAGAUAUACACACAUCCUGUAUGAUGGCCAGUAGAAUCAAUCAGAUAAACAUGAUGGCCUCUGGAAUAGGCUGGAUACUGUUGUGGUGAAUGACUCUCCUAAUUCCACAUGUAUAUGAUGGGAAUUUUGUGUAGUUUCAGGACAAGAUAUUCAUACUCACUAGCUCAUCCGCUGUCCAAAAUAUCCAUCCCUCCAUGAUGUCCAAUGGUAAAUACAAUGUAUCCUAGCUCUAGGAUACAUUACAGAUUAA